UGAGCCACAAUGGGCAUUCCUGCAGUCAGAUUUUUAACCCAUUGUGCCACAGCGGGGAUUCCAGGAAGUGACUUGCUUGGGAUCCAUUAGCUGGAUCUGGAGCUUAAACACACCUUUGACUCUCCCUGGCCCAGGUUCUCUCCAUGACCCCUGCUGAUCAGGAUCAGGCCCCCAGGACGGCCCUCACCAAGCUGCAUGGUCCCAGAUGAAACGGCACUUUUGCAAAGCCCAGUACCCAAGCUGUGUGCACUUGGAGAUGCUUCUGCCCAAAGACGGCGUCUUGUCAUUUGAACAAAGCACGGCAUGGACUAACGGUGGCCUAGGGAAUAAAAUAAAAUGUGUUCCUGAGCCCUAGGAGGAAACAGAACAUAACUAGAGGGUCUUCAGUUCACCCUAAGACAACCGGCACGUGAGUGGGUGAGAAAAGCCUGGGACACGUGGCCUGACCCCUGUUCUCUUCCGCACACAGGUGCGGGAGCUGGAAAGUGAGCUUGACGCUGAGCAGAAGAGGGGCGCUGAGGCUCUGAAGGGCGCCCACAGAUACGAACGCAAGGUCAAGGAGAUGACCUACCAGGCCGAGGAGGACCGCAAGAACAUCCUCAGGCUCCAGGACCUGGUGGACAAGCUGCAGGCCAAAGUGAAGGCUUACAAGCGGCAGGCAGAGGAGGCCGUGAGUGCGGGGCCCUGGGCGCCCUGGCCCCGAGCAGGAGCCCGUCCCUGUUUCCUAGGGCCUGCGUUUUCACUGGCAGGCUGUAAUCACGCGCUUAGGAGGCCUGCCCCUCCCUCCUGGUCUGCAGGAAGCAACCCUGCCCCGCCUCCAGCUCCUCCAGGCCUCUUGGCUCCCCAGACCUGGCCCAGCUACUCCAUCCCUUCACUCUGCCUCAGCCUGGGUUCUCCCACCCAGCCCGACUCACUCCACCUGCCCUUGACUCCUCACCCAGCACCCUGGCCCCUGGGACCUGGGACCUGACCUCAAACAUCUCACCCAUCCCCCCUCUGCCCGGGGACCCCGCCACCUCCAUGCUCCCCCGAGCUCCCUAAC